AUGUGGGAUGACCACGGUGCAAGAUAUCCGGUGACGGUCCUUCAGUUGGAGAACUGCCAAGUCACCGCGAACAUCAAGACGGCGCGUAAGGACCACUCGGAAUAUCACGCGGUUCAAGUCGCUGCGACAGAUAGACCAGCGAAGACUGCUACUGCGCAGAUGCUUGGUCACUACAGGAAAGCUGGAGUUCAUCCUAAACGAGUUGUGAAGGAAUUUUCAGUGACUCCUGACGCACAUGUACCUGUCGGUACAACUCUUUCUGCGAUACAUUUUGUUCCAGGGCAGUAUGUCGAUGUCAUUGCAAACUCUAUUGGUAAGGGGUUCCAAGGAACGAUGAAGAGGUGGAACUUCAAGGGUCUCCGGGCAAGUCAUGGUGUGUCUAUAUCACACCGUUCAGCCGGAGCUAUUGGCGCACAUCAAGACCCUGGUCGUGUAUGGCCAGGGAAGAAGAUGGCCGGUCGACUUGGAGGUGAACGUACAACGACUCAGAAUCUCGCCGUCGUGCGUGUCGACAGCACUCUGGACCUCAUUUUCGUACGUGGUUGCGUACCAGGAUUUGACAACGCACAUGUCAUGAUACGAGAUGCGAAGAAGAAGAUGACCCGCGAUGCGCACGUCAACUAUAUGAAGGCUAUAACUGACAAGGUGCUCCCCAAAGGAGUGAACGACUUGCCGUUCCCAGCAGGGACACAAGAGAUGGCAAGGGUACUGCCUCCCGUCAUUGCUGCUCCGACGCAUCGUAGGAGUCCUUUCCUUCCUAGAACAUAA